AUGUCCACUAAACUCUAUGGUCUCAACUAUCCAGGUAACCCACCAAUGAGCUGUCGACACCAACCAGCCCCCACGCGUAGGAUGCUGGCACGCAGGACGCGCGAGGAAGAAUAUGCGCGGCAAGACCGUACGGAGCUGUCAAGAGAAAGUACAGUACACAACGCCUGUUUUAAUACAAGCUGCAAACGCAACCCUCGCAACGUUGGCGCGGCCGGUAUACCCGGUUUCGCGGUUGCGGCGGGCCGGAUCGGUCAUGUACGUCAUACAGGCAUCACCAUCGCCAAGCUCGGCAUCUCGCGCCGGGUAGCUCGGCAGCAGAGCCUCAAAUUUUGGUCUUUAUAUAAAGACAAUGGAAGCUACAUUAAGUACCACGAGGUGAAGGAGGAUUUUGAAUUUCGCAAACCACAAACAGCCAGUGAAUCCAAUUUCCCAAUGCAUCGGCUGACCACCAAAUUAAGACCCGGUGCAUGGCUGCCCGCCGACCACCGCAUCCACCGGCAGUACCUCGCCGAGGUGAUUGACUCGGUCGACUCCGGCAAGACGGCCGGCGGCGCGCUGUCGCCGGCGCUGCAAGAGUUCCGCGACCUGAUUGAGGGCAACGCGCGCAUCUACAUGUACUUUGUGCAGAUGUUUGACGAGGUGCCGCGCAAGCAGCCGUACCUGCGCGACCCGGCGGGCCACAAGCAGGUGCGCGACUACGAGCAUAUGCUGCGCGUGCUCAACCACAUUGUGACGCGGGCGCCGGCGUGGACGCAGACGGAGGCGGCCAUGGGCGUCGUCGGCGUGCCAAUGUGUGCGGUUUUUGACUACCCGAUGGGUACCCCGAGUGGGCAUGCCGCUUUUUUGGAUCCAGAUGUGAACAAGGCGCUGAAAAAGGUCCUGAAUGAAUGGGGCAAGUAUUUGCAGACGCCGGAGUCGGCGGCUGUGCUAGGCGAUCACGCCACGGGCUGGUUCGGCGAGACGGGCCGCCAUGACUUGCUGCAGGUCGCCAAUGCGCCGUACAAGUCGAGCCAUAAAUUUGAGGACAUGUUUGUGUGCGAUCCGUCGGCGAAGCACAUGGGCUUCAAGUCUUGGGAUGACUUCUUCACGCGCAAAGUGCACGACACGGCCCGGCCCGUUGCCAGCCCCGACGACGACUCCGUCAUCGCCAACGCGUGCGAGUCCAAAAUCUUCAACGUGCAGGCCAACGCGCAGCUCCGCGACCACUUCUUCGCCAAGGGCCAGCGGUACUCGCUGCUGGACAUGCUGGGGCACGACGUGCUCGCGUCGCGCUUCGUCGGCGGCACCGUGUACCAGGCGUUCCUCUCGGCGCUGUCGUACCACCGCUGGCACAGCCCCGUGUCGGGCGUGGUGCGGCGGGCGCUGCUCGUCGACGGGACCUACUUUAGCGAGCCGCUCUUCGAGGGCCCCGGCGACGCGAGCGUCGAGCAGAUCGACACGGGCGGCAUCAGCGUCGCGCAGGGGUACCUGGCGUGCAUGGCGGCGCGCGCCGUCAUCGUGCUGCAGGCGGACAACGCGGACCUCGGGCUGGUGGCGUUUGUGGGCAUCGGCAUGGACGAGGUGAGCACGUGCGACAUCACGGUCAAGGAGGGACAGCGGGUGAAGAAGGGCGAGGAGCUCGGCAUGUUUCACUUUGGAGGCAGCACGCACUGCUUGGUGUUCCAGAAGGGCGUCCGCUUGGAGGGCCUGCCCGAGGUCGGCAGGGUCGAGAAUGUGCCGGUGCGAGGAAAGCUGGCGACGGUAAAGAGGUAG